AUGGUACAAUUGACGAUAACAUCCGCCAUUGCCGAAGGUCAGCAGAAGCUGGCUAAGGUCAGACUCGGACGGCGAAUCGAGGCGACACCAGAGGACGCAGAGCAGGAAACUACGUCAGAUACUACCGGCGACACCGCAGCUACAGUCAAAGCCGAGGAGCCGAUUCUUGGCGACUACGUUGUUGGAAACCCCGUCACGCAUAGCCAGAUACUAGAUUUAUGGAAAAGUCUGAAGAUGGAAGGUAUCGAGGGUUUUAGUUUGGAGGGACUGUUGCGAGGCGCCAGGGUCUACAUACCCCCGCCACCUCCAAAGCCUGAACCAUCCGCCGAGUACAAAGCCCUGAUGGCCCGCCUGCGACGCGAGGAAGAAGAACGAACGUACCAGCGCAUGCUUAAGCAACCAUCCCGGAUGGAGGCCUUUUCUCAGCAGUUUCCCAGUGCCGCCGCCCGAGCACAUGCCUUCGCCGAAGUAAACCGUCCUUUGAACGAAGCAGACAAUGGCGAUGACGAGGUGACGCUCGGGGAUGUGCAGAAGCAGAUGAUGGUCAUUCUCAACUUUCUCAUAAGCAUCAUUGGUGUCGCGGCCACCAUCUGGAUAGCGGCUCGAUGGUGGAAUGUCACUGCCCGAAUAUUCUUAACGCUUGGGGGAGCCAUUGUCGUCUUGAUAGCAGAGGUCGCUGUGUACUCGGGCUAUGUUUGGAGGAUAGGGGAGGCCAAGUCCAAGACGAAAGAACCGGAAGAAAUCAGAGAGGUGAUGCAGUCGUGGGUACUGGGUAAGGAGAGUAAGAGUGAUCCAGCCGGAGAAGCGACUACCCUUCUCGACACGAAAUCGCAAGAUACAGAUGAAGGCAUACGGCGAAGACUAAAGGGGCUUUCGUAA